ACAGGCCCCUGAGUGUCCUUUGGCUCAGGAACAGCUGAUCUCCUCCCACACUCCCCAAAUCCUCCUGAGAAGAAGGAGGAGAAGAGUUUCUGCUCUGACUCUGCCGCCUCAGUGACUGAACAAUGAUCUGAAACUUGCAGCAUGGGGGGAUAUACCGGGACCGCCGCACUUCUGAUGUGCUUGACGCUGAGCGUCGCCGGCCGGAACGCGAGGACCAAUCUCUGUAAAUGGUGUAAUUACUCGCAGCCCACCUGCAAAGGUGGUACCUGCUACACCAACUGCAGCCUGAGUUCCUACUGCGAGACCUCAGAGGAGAUCUGCGUCACCAUCUGGAAGCAGGACAAUGACAGCGUCCAGGUGAUCACCCUCUGCCACCACCCUCUGCUUCCCCUGGAGAACAUCAUGGUGCCGAGUUAUAACAGCACAAGAUGCGUCAUGCAGCCAGUGCCCUCCCAGACUGGCCGGAUGUAUAUUUGUGGUUGUGUGGAUGAUCAGGAGUGUAACGACAAGCUCAUCUUCUACGACCACAAUGAUCACUCGUUACUCCACAGCAGAGAGGCCGUUCCUGUGGCCACUAUCAGUCUGCUUCCUCCUCUACUGCUGGCAAUCACCGUCACUGUCCUCUUCUACCUUUACCGUACCCAGAGGCUCAGACGGAGGUCCAAGUCUUGGCCGGAGAAGCCGGGAGAUUAUGCUUACAGGUUGUCACCUUCUCUGGUCAGCAGCUCUCAGUGUGACCUAAGUGCUGCCUGCGCCAACAGCUUCAACCACAACACAGAGCUGCUGCCCAUCGAUCUGGAGCAACGCGUCGGGAAAGGCCGGUUUGCCGAGGUCUGGAGAGCCAAGCUCAAGCACACCCAAUCCGGCCACGGCGAGGCCGUGGCGGUCAAGAUCUUCCCCUUCCAAGAAUACUCUUCCUGGAGAAACGAGAUCUGCAUUUUCACAGACGCCAACGUGAAGCACGAGAACGUGCUGCAGUUUAUCACGGCGGAGGAACGAGGCAGCGGCCUUCAGAAGGAAUAUUGGAUCAUCACCGCUUACCAUGCCAGGGGCAACCUCAAGGACUAUCUGGCCAGCCACGUCCUGAGCUGGGCAUCGUUCCUAAAGAUGGCCGGCUCCAUCGUACGGGGCGUGGCUCAUCUGCAUAGCGAGUACACCCCGUGUGGCGCCCCCAAGAUUGCCAUUGCUCACCGGGACAUCAAAAGCACCAACAUUCUGGUGAAAAGCGAGACUGAGUGUACGCUGUGCGACUUCGGCAUAACCUUGCGGCUGGACCCUGCACUUACCGUGGACGCCUUUGCCAACAGUGGACAGGUUGGGACGGCACGCUACAUGGCUCCGGAAGUUCUGGAAUCCAGGGUUAACCUGGAAGAUUUAGAGUCCUUUAAGCAGAUGGACGUCUACUCGCUGGCGUUAGUAUUGUGGGAGAUGGCUUCCAGGUGUGAGGCUAUCGGAGAGGUGAAGAACUACGAGCUGCCCUUUGGGUCCAUGAUGCAGGAGGAGCCGUGCUUGGAGACCAUACGGGAUGUGGUGCUACACGGAAAGGGGCGACCGGACCUUCCAGACACCUGGAGGAGGCAUCCGGGUAUGGACGUCCUGUGUGACACAAUCACAGAGUGCUGGGACCACGACCCCGAGGCCCGCCUAACUGCGCCAUGCGUGGCCGAACGCUUCAACCUAAUGGAGCAAAUGGACUGCGACUGCAUCAGUAUACACAGUAACACAGUGUACUAUGUCAGCCAGUGAUCAGACUGUUACCAGGGAACAUCCGUCCUGUCUGGCUGAGCUUGCUACGGAGUGGAUGGACUGCAUUAGUAUACGCAGUAACACAGUGUACUAUGUCAGCCAGUGAUCAGACUGUUACCAGGGAACAUCCGUCCUGUCUGGCUGAGCUUGCUACGGAGUGGAUGGACUGCAUUAGUAUACGCAGUAACACAGUGUACUAUGUCAGCCAGUGAUCAGACUGUUACCAGGGAACAUCCGUCCUGUCUGGCUGAGCUUGCUACGGAGUGGAUGGACUGCGACUGCAUCAGUAUACGCAGUAACACAGUGUACUAUGUCAGCCAGUGAUCAGACUGUUACCAGGGAACAUCCGUCCUGUCUGGCUGAGCUUGCUACGGAGUGGAUGGACUGCGACUGCAUCAGUAUACGCAGUAACACAGUGUACUAUGUCAGCCAGUGAUCAGACUGUUACCAGGGAACAUCCGUCCUGUCUGGCUGAGCUUGCUACGGAGUGGAUGGACUGUGACUGCAUCAGUAUACGUAGUAACACAGUGUACUAUGUCAGCCAGUGAUCAGACUGUUACCAGGGAACAUCCGUCCUGUCUGGCUGAGCUUGCUACGGAGUGGAUGGACUGCGACUGCAUCAGUAUACGCAGUAACACAGUGUACUAUGUCAGCCAGUGAUCAGACUGUUACCAGGGAACAUCCGUCCUGUCUGGCUGAGCUUGCUACGGAGUGGAUGGACUGUGACUGCAUCAGUAUACGUAGUAACACAGUGUACUAUGUCAGCCAGUGAUCAGACUGUUACCAGGGAACAUCCGUCCUGUCUGGCUGAGCUUGCUACGGAGUGGAUGGACUGUGACUGCAUCAGUAUACGUAGUAACACAGUGUACUAUGUCAGCCAGUGAUCAGACUGUUACCAGGGAACAUCCGUCCUGUCUGGCUGAGCUUGCUACGGAGUGGAUGGACUGUGACUGCAUCAGUAUACGCAGUAGCACGGUGUACUAUGUCAGCCAGUAAUAAGACUGUUACCAAUAACAUCCGUCCUGACUGAGCUUGCUAUGGAGCAGAUGGACUGUGACUGCAUCAGUAUACGCAGUAACACGGUGUACUAGGUCAGCCAGUAAUAAGACUGUUACCAGGUCCCGUCUGGCUGAGCUUGCUCUCAGCUCACCUGUGGGGAAGCAGGAGGUACGAGAACAUGAAUUGUAUCAUUGAUUUGACCUGGACUCAUGUUGUUAGUCCUGGCAAUGAGGAAGAAGCAGCAGAGGGGGCAGGGAAGGAUCUCUAUGUGGCACACAGCACAUGUUUGGACCCGGCCUUCACACUGAUGCUGGGAACACACUAGACGAAAUAGUGGAUGAUGUGCGCGAUUCCGACACAUGGCUCAUGAUAUCGUCUAGUGUGUACGCACCAUGUCACUAAAGCUGAGUGGCGUGUAGUUCCCCAGCAGCUGGAGGCAGACUCAGAGGAAAGACAGGGUGGCAGUCCGCACCUCCAGUCACAUCACCCUUCAGUUUUCAUUUCCGACUGACUCCUACAAAUAAACCAUAAUCCUGACCUGCAGAAGUUUCUGGGAGUAACAAUGUGCACGCAUACAUACAUUUAUAUACAUUUAUAGCACAGCGAUGCCGUACCUUCUUAGUAGUACCAGUAAGAUGAGAGCGGGAUAACGAGGGAUGGUGAGAGCGGGAUAACACGGGAUGGAAAACACGGGACGGCGA